GUGCAAACUAUGUCGGAGCGAGUGAACCAGCCAAAUGCAACAGCGCAUCCCACGGUAUGAAGGUGGCGCUAGCGAGUAUCAUGAUGCACCCUGGCCGUCUCCAAUCGACCCCCAGCUGCACGGUGCACCCUGCAGCGUGACGCCUCGUCAUUCCAGACUUGGGUUGCCUGACGAUCGCCUGACGCCCAAGCUCUAACAGCCUCGACAACUUUCUCUUCGUCAUCAUCAUCACCAAAACGCAGCCAUCCAGAAACACAGUCAUUUGCCACCUGUUCUCAGGCAGGGCAUCCCCGACUUUCAAUCUGUUGCGAUCAAAGCCAAUUCAGAGCUAGACAAUGGCACCGCCGCCUGAAAUUGCGAUACCCUCUACCAGCACAUCGACUGCGGGCGCUUCGAAGCCAUAUACACUGUACAACAUCACCCUUCGACUGCCCCUCCGAUCAUACGUCGUUCAGAAGCGUUACAGCGAUUUUUCGAACCUCCAUAGCACCUUGCGUGAGGCUGUCGGCACACCGCCUCCCGAGCCUCUCCCUGGGAAACACUGGCUCAAAAGCACAGUCAACUCGCCAGAGCUGACGCAGCAACGACAAACAGGGCUUGAGAAGUAUCUCAAGGCGAUAGCCGAGAGUCCAGAUCGGAGAUGGAGGGAUACAUCAGCAUGGCGAGCUUUUCUAAAUCUGCCUAGCAGCAGCACUACAAACUCGGCUGUGUCAGCAGGUGGCAUGGUGGGUAGCAACACCGCUGUCGGAGCGGCAGAUCCUCACACGUGGCUAGAUAUACACCGCGAAGUAAAGGGAUGCCUCCACGAGGCGAGGCAGUGCCUUUCACGAAGAGACGGGGCCAGUGACAGUGGGAACAAUUCUGCCGCCGCUGAGGCUGGCGCGGCAGCCAAAAAGUCACUGAUCAAAGCUGGCACCUUGAUCAGUAGCCUCGGCGACGGCCUUCGGAAGAUGCAGGAGUCCGGUAGGCUAGGCGAUGGGGAGCUACGCCGCAGACGAGAUCUCGUGGCAAACGCAAGGAUGGAACGCGAUGGCAUGGAGAAGCUGGCGAAUAGCACGCCCUCGCCAGCAGCAGGCAGAGGAGGAGCCAAUGCCGAUACAAAGGCCGCCAAGUCGGACAGAGCUGACUUGCUACGAGGUGGCAAGCCCGGGGGUCGAGUACUGGGGGCACCACUACCGGAAACCGACAAGACGCGGGAACUGGAUAAUGAAGGUGUCUUGAUGCUUCAACGUCAGGAAUUGGAGGAGCAAGAUUUGAGUAUCAACCAGCUUGCCGCGAUCAUCGCCCGACAGAAGGAUAUGGGCGUCCAGAUCGGUGAAGAGGUCGACAGGCAAACAAAGAUGCUAGAGAUGAUGGACGAAGAUGUCGACCGCGUGUCGGGCAAAGUCAAGGUCGGCAAUGCGCGCCUCAAAAAGUUCUGACUGGGGAUGAUACACGGGUCUGUCAGGGCAAUGAUCCUAGCUUUCGGAAUUAUGGCUUGGGUUACCACUGUUCUGAAUGGACUCGCAGACGGUUUCGUCUGGGUAGCUGAGAUCUUGGCCAUUCUGAUUGUUCACCCUGGGCGACAAUGAUCCCCCUUGGCCGCAAACCAGGAGGGAUGGACUGAACUUGGCAAGAUACCACAUGCAGGACAUUUACGGCGAUAGUCGAGUCGCGAACGGGGCGUACACAGCGACAAUGUUUUCUUAGAAUGAUACCUGGACAAUUGCGGCGUUUCGCUUUCUACGCUUU